GAAUAGCACUAUAUAAAGACGCGUCAUGGUUCCAUUUUCUUCUCCAUCAAAACUCAAAAGAAAAGAAAAGAGAAGAAAAGAUCCUUCUCAAACCCUCUCCAAACGCACCGUUUCAUUCCCAACUCAAAGUUAAAGAAAAAGCCUCGUAAUAAAUUCAUCUUCUUGCUGUGUUCAUCAAUGGGUGAAGUGUCAAAGAGCGUGUCGCCCCCCUCAAGCCCAGGCGGAGAAAGGGUGGAUGAGAGGAACGUUCUGCAGAAACACGUAGCGUUCUUUGAUAGGGAUAAAGAUGGGGUGGUUUAUCCAUGGGAGACAUUCAAGGGGUUCCGAGCAAUUGGCGCUAAUUUGUUUUUGUCCACACUCAGUGCUGUUUUUAUCAACAUUGGACUUAGCUCCAAAACCCGUCCGGGGAAGUUUCCUAAUUUUCUAUUCCCAAUUGAGAUAAAAAACAUUCAACUCGCAAAACAUGGAAGUGAUUCUGGUGUAUAUGAUUCUGAAGGAAGAUUUGUUAGUAAGAAAUUUGAAGAAAUAUUCAAGAAGCAUGCCCUAACCUACCCAGAUGCCUUGACAGAAAAAGAACUUAAAGCAUUGCUCAAGUCAAAUAGGGAGCCUAAAGACUACAGUGGAUGGGUUGCUGCAUGGACAGAAUGGACAACUCUAUACAACCUUUGCAAAGAUGAUAAUGGUUUACUUAAAAAGGAAACUGUGAAGGCUGUUUAUGAUGGGAGCUUAUUUGAGCAUAUGGAGAAACAAAGAGCAUCGAAAAAGAAGAAAUGAAAAAUAUAAAAAUCAAAAUAAGGGUGUUUACAUGUUUCUCUGCUUACACAUUUCUCACUUUAGGGUAAAUUUAUACCAUCUUGACAUGUAGUCCCUUUUUUUUUUUUUCUCUUAUAGGUUAAGAAAAUGUUUAAUGUUAUGUUUUUUGAUGCAUUUAUAUGGACUUUGUGUGAAAUGAUAUAAAGAUAAAUAAAAUGUUUAAUGUCAUGUUGUUUGAUGGACUUUGUGUGAAA